GAAAAAUGGACGAACCGACAAAGGGUCUUGGUGUUCGCGUCCAGAGGAAUAAAUCAUCGAGACCGUCACUUGAUGGAGGAUUCGCAGUCCCCCAUGCCUCAUCAUCGAGCAGAAGCUAAAAUGGAAAAGCAGAAGAACUUCUAGGUGGUGAACGAGAUUUGCGAAGCCAAAAAUUGUAACAAGGCGGUUUUAUUCGAAGGGAGGAAGAAAAGAGAUCUCUGCAUGUGGUUUUCAAAUGCCAAAAGUGGUCCUUCUACCAAAUUUUUGGUUGAGAAUAUUUACACAAUGGGAGAAAUAAAAUUGACAGGCAAUUGCCUAAAGGGAUCACGUCCAAUUCUCUCCUUCGAUGAGAACUUCUCCACAAAUCCUCUUUACGCCCUCCUGCGAGAGUUGUUCACCCAGAUAUUUGAUGUCUCCAACCACCACCCUAAAAGCAAGCCCUUUUUCGACCACGUCUACACAUUCAGCGUCCUGGACAACACGAUGUGGCUCAGAAACUAGCAGAUCCUGACUGAAGAUGGAAGAUUGGCAGAGAUAGGCCCCAGAUUUGUUUUGAACCCAGCGAAAAUAUUCGCUCAGAGCUUUGGAGGAGAAAUCCUCUGGAACAACUGGAAGUAUCGCCAAGCCGUUAAUAAGAAAGCUGGUGGAAAGUCCAUAAAUUGACUUGAGCAGAAGAUGGCACAAAAGGCGAACAAGCCUGAGGUCUCGUACUCGUUUAAUCCAUUGGAUGAUAUAUUCAAAGGAGAACCAUUGGUGAAGGCCAAGGAGCUGGAGGUCGGAGAGUCAGAGGAGCCAUAGACCAACCAGUGGCCGGGGGAGACGGGUGAGGAAACUGUGUAUCCCUUCCAAGGAAAAUCUGUAGCCGAGAUGAAGGCACUCGAGAAAAAAGCUCUCAGGAACUUGGAAAAAAUGGCUAAGAAGUCCACUAGGUCCAAAACACUGGGCUCGAAGGUUACAAAGAGGAAGAAAGGGGAAAAAAUCAAAUUGGAAAAUGAAUUUGUUAUUUGGGUGGUUGAAAAAAAAAGUGUUUUAGCUUUUUGUCUUGUUUUUUAAGAUUAUGUCAUUCAGGGAAUUUUGUCCCCGCCAUCUUUGGAGAAUUGUUUAUAUUUUCUUAAGAGUUUAGAUCAAUUUUUGAGUCCUUGAGGAAAUAAUGAAUUUUAGAACUAAAUUCAACUUUGAGAUGUAUAAAAAAAAAUAAAA